GAGGUGUCAAUGACCCGCAAAGACCUAGAAACAGCAGGACACCUGAAAGUACAAUUUGCCAAUGGAAAAGUGGAGAAAAUGCCAUAUGGGACAUGGAAAGGAGUAGUGUGGAUUAAAGGACCAUACAAUCUUCUCACAGUUAAAGACCUAGAAGAGUUAAGUAAGAAGAAGCGCAACUAUCGGGACCUCCAAAGACGGUUGACAAACCUGAAAGCAAGAUUGGUAAAAGUUGGCCCGACACAGACAGGAUCAGACAAGCAAGAAUGGUACAAACCAGUGGAUGUACCGGCAGUGACAAAACAAAAGAUCGAAGAGAGUGACUUCUCCCCGGCCGGGAAGAAGAAGCUGCGUGAGAUAAUUGCCUCGGCAAAAGUAGCCAGAUUCAAGAACGAUUGCGGAGAUUUGGGCCCAAGAUUCGUGCACCAUAUUGAAGGUGGGGUGCACCCGCCGGUUCGACAGUACCCGCUGAAUCCGGGAGCGGUUGAGGAGAUGGACAAGAUAGUGAAGGAACUGGGUUCCCUAGGAAUCAUCAGAGAGGAGCUCAACCCGAUCACGAACAGUCCCAUCCAGGCGGUGAAGAAACCCGAAUCGGCAGGAGGGGGUUGGAGGCCAGUCAUCAACUUCAAGGCCCUGAACCGACGGACAAUAGCGAAUCGGGCCAGCCUGAUCAACCCCCAAGGCACAUUAAAGACACUGCGAGUCAAGAAGUUCAAGUCCUGCAUUGACCUGGCUAAUGGAUUUUUCUCUCUCCGCCUCGCAAGGCAAUCCCAGGGUAAGACAGCAUUUACUCAUAAAGGCAAAAGCUAUGUUUGGCAAAGGUUGCCCCAAGGAUAUAAGAACUCGCCAAACGUUUUUCAGUCAGCCGUGAUGGAAGUACUGGGGGACGUGGGGGCAACUGUGUACAUAGACGAUGUUUUUAUCGCUGAUGACACCGAAGAAGAGCACUUAGAAAGGCUACGAAAGGUGAUUGAGAAUCUAACAAAAGCAGGCUUAAAACUGAACCUCAAGAAAUGCCAAUUUGGACAGUUCCAGGUGAAUUACCUGGGUUUUCAGGUCACAUCAGACUUGGGACUCUCAGACGGAUAUAGGGAAAAAAUGAUGAACAUUCAACCCCCUCAGUCAGAGAAUGAACUGCAGAAAAUAUUGGGACUAUGCAACUAUGUCAGAGACCACGUACCCAACUACCAGAAGUAUGCCAAACCUUUGUACAACUGCCUGAAAAAGAGUGUGGAAAACGAAGGAGGGGGAAAAAGACCCUGGGUUUGGACAGCGGCUAACCAACGAGAUCUAGAGGACCUAAAGAAGGCAAUUCAGGCCGCGGUGAGACUGGAACCGAGAAGUUUGUCUGAUAGAUUGGUGGCAGAGAUCAACUGCGAGGAAGACGAUGCCAUGAUAAAAGUGAGUAAUGAGAACGGAGGCCUGGUUACACUAUGGAGUUAUACUCUGACCUCUGUUGAGAAAAAAUACCCACAAGAAGAAAAGGAGCUGGCAGUACUAGCUCGAUAUUGGAGUGUACUGAAGGAUCUAGCGCAAGGACAACCAGUUAAAGUCAUUACGCAGAGCCAGGUCCACAAGUACCUGAGGAAAGGUACCGUUGAAAGUACCAAAGCAACAAAUGCACGGUGGGGGAGAUGGGAAGACAUCCUGCUGGACCCAGAGCUUGAAAUCGGGCCAGCACAACCCACCAACAAGAAGCGACAACAAGAAACACCUGAAAAACCAGGACAACCAGAAUGGACACUCUACACCGAUGGAUCAAAGAAAGAGUCCGACCAAGUGGCCUAUUGGGGUUUCAUCUUGAAACAAGACGGCAAAGAGAGGUGUCGACAGAAAGGAAAGGCCCCUGGCAGUGCACAAGCUGGGGAAGUAACAGCAAUACUGGAAGGACUACUGGAGCUAGGGAAAAGGAAGAUCAAGAGCGCCAGGUUAGUAACGGAUAGUUACUACUGCGCCCAAGCCCUUAAAGAAGACUUAGCCAUUUGGGAGGAGAAUGGCUUCGAGACAGCUAAAGGCAAACCGGUGGCGCAUAGAGAUUUAUGGAAGAAGAUUGCGGAGUUGAAAAUGCAACUGGAGCUCGAAGUAGAGCACCAACGAGCGCACACGCAUGAGGGAGCUCAUUGGCGUGGAAAUGAUGAGGUGGACUGUUAUGUCCAACAAAGGAAGAUUGUCUUUGUCGGAAUCGAGAAGUGGGACAGCACUCCCAGAGGAAGGGAGGUCCCAGAAGAGUACGUGGAUGAGGUCGUGCGGAGUGUGCAUGAAGCCCUUGGUCAUGCAGGCGUACGACCUACCCGUAAGGAGCUGGAGGAGCAUGAACUUUGGAUCCCAGUGAAACAAGUCCAACGUGUGCUGAGGGACUGUGAAGUGUGUGGGAAAUACAACGCAGGUCGCCGAGGGCAACGAUUGGAGGGCUUAACCAUCAAGAGCAUGAUCCCCUGGGGUUCAGUCUGCAUGGAUGUUGCAGGCCCCAUGGGAACAACAGGAAAAAGGGGUGAGAAGUACCUUUUAGUGUUAGUGGACUCAAUGUCGGGAUUUGUGAUCGUAAAAGCAGCCAGGAAAGCGAAUGGCAGCAGUGUUGUUGGCAUGCUGGAACAAGUGUGCAGUGCCCUGGGAAUCCCGAAAGAGCUGCGGACGGAUAAUGGGACACAUUUCCGUAAUGCACAGGUUGACCAAUGGUGUCAAAAAUAUGGGGUGAUGAGGGUGUAUUCGCCACCCUAUACACCCCAGGCUAAUGGAGUAGUGGAGCGCACCAUUGGGUUAGUGAAGAGCUGGAUAGCUAAGAAUGCUAACGACAAAGGCUGGAGCACCAUGGUGGUCGAAAUAGGGCAGGCCCUAAACGACAGAAACAGAGCAGAAAGGCCCGCCCCCUCGAUGGAGCUCAACCAACGACCGUUCACCACGAAGGAAGUGGGGCGGGGCUCCAGCGAUAAAAAGGAAGAACCAACGCCCAAAGUGCCAUUCAGAGUGGGACAACGAGUGUGGGUUAAAGCAAGAGAGCAACCUGUGAGUGCAGCAGUAAAACCUAAGUUUGAGACAAAAGAUAUUGUUAAGCAGGUACUGGACAGGAAUACAGUACUGCUGGAGAAGAAAGGGAUCCAAGGAGUUGAGCAGCUCAAACCAGUUCCUGACUAAAGAGAAACAGAAGCCGGUGAAAUGGCCAGUGAAUCAUGUGUUGUUCCACCCUAUCUCGGACUGGCCACCGUGAAAGGGGUGGUUCUCCCUUUUUAU